GGUCAGUGAGUUCAGUGAGAGUGCCGUGUGCUUCCUCCGGUCUAGCGCGAAAUUCACAAUGCAGCUGUUGGCGCUCCUGAUGAUAUCAUGCUGCGCGAUGACACAGUCCGCCUCCCUUCAGGGUCCUUCCAAUCCAAAAGUCAGUCAAGCUCAAGAAGCAGAGAUACUGGAGAAGGCCGCAGCACAGCUUCAAAGGUUGGCUCCCUUCAAAAGGUCGACCGAUCCCGAGGUGGACCAUCAAGCCUAUUUCCCAUUCUCACCGGAAGAACUGCAGACGGAAUUCGAAAGAACGAAACGGUCGCACGAGUCUCAAACGUCCCUCGAUCCUCUGAACGAUGCGGAACUCGAACUCCUCGAUCAGGAAAGGAUAAAGAGAUCCGGCGGUUUCCUAUCGGGAAUCGCAAAUACAAUUCUUAGCAAAUUGGCCAGCGCUUCUGCAGGCGCCUCCAGUGGAGUCGCAGGCGCCAGCAGCGCGUCCAGCGGGAAGAGUCAUCCAGUCGAGAUCGUCGAAUACGGACCGCCGGUUCAAUCCUACGAUGACAAGUCCUUCGAUGUGUGGGCGUUCAAGAAGGCGAUUCUCAACACGCUUUUCCAAGCGCUUAAAGCCAUAAGCGGCGGCGCGAUCGCCCUUAAGGGUCAACUGAUCAAAGGGGGUGGUCACCUUAUCUCUGCCAAAGGCAGAAUAAUCAGCGCCAAGGGGGAGGCCAUAUCGUCCCUUGGCCGUCACAUAGCGAGCAGUGCUCUCUUGACUCCGCCAAAGAGCAGCCAUUCCCAUCCUGACUACACCUACGGCUCCCCGGCCGUCAUUAGCGGUCACGACGUCAGCUACGACGGUCCACCUCCCAGUGCUCACGGAUACUCAUCUUCCGGACCAUCAGCAUCCGCCUACGCCUCACCUUCGGACGACGAUGCUCAUGCGGGCCUACUGAUCCUGAAACCGAUCAAACCGGAGCACAAUCACGACGAAGACCAUUCUCAUCAAGACCAUCAUCAACUGGACUUGGACCCACGACAUCCCAGCUUGGCCGCCCUCGAGGAGAGUUUCGGUGGCUCCCCGAAGGGGAGCAAUUCCGCGACCUCCUCUAGCUCCCAAGGACACUCUUAUCAUCUAGAUGACGGUUACUAUAAGGAGCACAAGGACGAGCACCAAUACGAGCCAGCGACGAGCUACGGACUGCCUGAUCACUCGACGUUAAACAAAUACGAGGGCGAGAAGCUUCAGGACGCAAAUCACGAGCAUUCGAACAUCCAGGAUCAUCAAGUGGAUCAAGUGGAACCUCAGAAGAUUCAGUCCCUCGCCUCCCCCUUCGGUUCGCCCUCCCACGAAUAUCAACGACCCAACAGUCAACCGUCGCUAAGUAGCCAUUCGAAUUCCAUUCAACAGAUACAGUCGCUCCUCGAGACGCCCAACUCCCACCUGAAUCCCUACGAGUUGCCAAAAAUUCAGUCCUUUAACAACUUCAAUGCUCUGCCGUUUUCCGCUAUUCAAUUGGACGAACCUCUAAAGAUCCCGAUCAUCCCCGCGGCAAACAGUUGGUACGGAGAAAACGUUCCAAACAAUUUUCCCUCGAAUUUCGGGCAGCCCUCGAAGAUCCCUCUAGUUUCUCAACAGUCCUUUGUAAACGGUUACGGAGCAUUCAGGCGUCAAAGUGCUGUCGAAAUACAACCCUCCAUUGGCUUCGCUUUCAAGGAUACCAAGAUUCACAGGAUAUAGACUGAUUCCCAUCUGGACUCUGACAAUGAGUCAUCGGCCCAAGUGGUGUUUAGCUACGCGUACUAUCCGUGGGAGUCACAGUACAGCAAGACGGAUGGUCUAACUUCUUACUAGUGAAUCCUGCAAGGAUAAUGGACAAGAAAACAAACCGAGGAGAGAAGGACAGCGGAUGGCGACGUCGGAAGAACGAUGAGUUCUCUCUGGAUCGACAAAUGCAUUGCUUUUGUUUUCUGUUUUUUUUUCUUCUAUACUCAUUUCCUCGUAACUCGGAAGUUUGCUCAAACGAAAAUGCACACCGGCAAAGUCUAGAGAGACAAGGCAUCGAUACCAAUUGAUUGUACAUUAUUGAUUCCAUUUACAUGUGAAUUUUCUACACUUGCAUGUUUCGUCUUGAUCAGGCGAUACCGACGCAACAUAUUUAUUUUUCUAUUUUAAGAAGAACCGAAAGAUAUUACCCUCGUAUCUCGCAAAAUAUUACGAGAGGCAACAUCCUCUGAGGAUCGUACGAGAAUCAUUUUCCAGCAUUGACAGUUCCGAUUUAUACAUUUAUAUAUAAGUGAGCUUCAUAAGCAAAGGUGUAAAAAUAUGUUGUAAAGUUUAUUUUCUUUUAUAAUAAAAAAAAAAACAAG